AUGAUCUUGUUUUUAAUUUUCCCACCAAUUCUCACUCUCAGCUGCUAUUCGGGAACGAGUUACACGCCAGGUGGUGAUUUCGCCGAUAAACAAGUGGAUUGUUCAUCGUCCCAGUAUUGCUACAAUGCCACCGCUGACAUCAGUGUGACAGCUUUUCGAACGGGCGGAUGCGGAAAUUCGUAUCUGUGCAUGGCAGCUAAAGAUAAAUGUGUACAAAGCUCUGUGCUCGGCUUUUCUGCAACAUUAUGUUGUUGUAGCAUUGAUGGCUGUAACUCGGCUAGAGCCAACAUGAACACUCUUGAAAAAGGCGCCUCGAUCUUUCGAGAUGUGAUCACUCGAAUAGGCAAUCAACAAUCUUUGGGA